CGAUGCCGUCAUCCUUCAGAAACAGGAAGUAGCGUGACAGAGAGGAAGCUCCGCGGACUUUAAUUUGUUGUUCAGUCGGUUCCAGUAUAAACAGUAAGACGGACAGUUUUCAGUGUAAAAGGAGCCGCGAUGAAAGAGAAAGCUUUCGUUCUGCUUUAUUGUUUGCUGGUCAUUUCUUUGAUUGAAGGCGAUCAGACUAAAGCGCCGGAUCAUGGGAACGGAACCGGAACCGUCACUACUCCCAAACCCACACACACCAUUAAAACCACCGGGAACUUCACGUUAAACAGCCUGAAUCUGGACGGCUCCAUGAUCCAGAGGGCUCUGUACGUGCUCAUCGGCAUCACCAUUAUCGGAGUGCUGUAUUUCCUGGUCCGGGCGGUCCGUCUGAAGAAAUCUUCCACACCAAGAAAAAAAUACGGACUUCUGACAAACUACGACGACACAGUGGAGAUGGCACAGCUGGAAAGUGACGAAGAUGACAACACUGUGUACGAAGCCAGAUCACUGAGGAGAUGAGUCCUGAGGGCCAAGAGGAUGCUGAAGAUGCAUUUUGGAAGAAAAACUAAAACAGAUGGACUAAUCACACAUAAAGUUCAAAUGACCCAAAAGGACAGAUGAUGGAACCAUAAGUUUUGUGGGAUUGUUUGUUUAAAGGAAAGGUGUAAAAGCUUUUGUUUAUCGUGUUGGUUCUUCAGAGGAAACAUUAUAAAUGCAGUAGAUCAUUACAGAUUUGAAACACACACACACAAAUCCUGAAUGCAGCUGCCUUAUUAAAAGUCUGGUUUAUUCCCGACGUGUGUGUGUGUGUGCGCGCAGAAGAAUCAACAGCAAUGCAAAUGGCAUUGUUUUCUCAAUUAUUACUGAAUAUCUUAUGCACAUCUGGAGCAUUAAAGUGACGUCCACUAGAUGCCUCAUCAGAGCCAAAACAUCUCGGGAUUGCGAGUGGAACUGUGAAACGCGCUACCGAGCCCUGCUUCUUUUUAGGAGUUUGUCCUGUCGUUGUCAUGAUCUGCGUCUCAAAAUGAAAACUCUGAUCUUACGAAUUUUGAAAAGUCUGAAGACUGCUCCAUGAAACAGACCUUUCAGUGGGUUUGAAGGCUCCAUAGGAGAUUUAAAAAAUUCAAACACUAAUGGCCCUUUUCCACUACCCUUUUUCAGCUCACUUCAGCCCGACAUGGCUCGCGUUUCGACUACCAAAGAACAGCACGACUCAGCUCGCUUCAGCCCUGCUUAGCCCCUAAAACUCGCACCGUUUUGGAGUGGGGCUGAAGCGAGCCAAACCGAGCCGAGUGAGGCUGGGGGCGUGAGCAGACACUCCCCUGUGCACUGAUUGGUGAGGAGGAGUGUCCUCACACUCCCACACACGCCCCGUGAGCACGCUGGGAUCUGUAAACACCGUAAACCCGGAAGAAGAAGAAUUACGAAUUACGAGAAUUAUGAAGCCUUAUGCGCCUCGCCUCAUCUAUACGCUCUUGCCAGUAUCUGUUGGCGUUGUUGGUGACAACAAGCCACAGCACCAAGACCAGCAACACUAACGACUCCAUGUUUAUUGUUUACUAUCCGGGUCGUGAGACUACCACUUAAAAGGUCACUGAUGUCACUGUUUGCGCUGCUUAACGACAUCACGUGACGUCCACCCACUUUCGCUAACUCCACCCAAUGUGUCCACCCACUUCCAGCCAGCACGGUUCAGCGCGGUUGUAGUCGAAAUGCAACUCCAACAGCCCCGUUCAGCUCGACUCAGCCCAACUCAGCACGGCACGGCUCAGCCCAACUCAGCCGCGUUUGUAGUGGAAAAGUGGCAUAAACGUCCGAGGAAAAGCAAUACACGAUAACGGUGUAGAAUAAUCCGUAAGCAAGUGGUUUGAGAGUACACUAGUUUGUAUAGUCAAGAUGUCCCAUGGUGUUGAUAUUCUGCCUUCGUUAAUUCGUGAGAACGUGCACAAAUAAUACUCCAAAGGACUGCGGAAUGGACAUGGCAGCCAUUUUGAGUCUGUGAAGUUAAAAACGAGUAUGAUUCAGCCUCAAGUGUGUGGUGAUGGUGUGCGUAAUUUAUUCUUAUUUUGCCAUCAGUGAGACCUUGAGGUAUAAUACAUUACUCAACCUGAGCUAUUAAUCAAAUAUACCAUGAACUUGAGAGGCUUCAGUUGAAAUUAUGGAUUCUCUAAGGGGCGCAGCCAUGAAGAAAAUAGUCCUGUGCCAGUCACCGAAGAGAAUCCGUAAUUCCCGCUGUCUCUGUGGUAUAUUUGAUUUAUACACUACCGUUCAAAAGUUUGGGGUCACCCAGACAAUUUUGUGUCUUCCAUGAAAAGUCACACUUUUAUUUACCACCAUAAGUUGUAAAACGAAUAGAAAAUCUAGUCAAGCCAUUUUUCUGGCCAUUUUGAGCAUUUAAUCGACCCCACAAAUGUGAUGCUCCAGAAACUCAACCUGCUCAAAGGAAGGUCAGUUUUAUAGCUUCUCUAAAGAGCUCAACUGUUUUCAGCUGUGCUAACAUGAUUGUACAAGGGUUUUCUAAUCAUCCAUUAGCCUUCUGAGGCAAUGAGCAAACACAUUGUACCAUUAGAACACUGGAGUGAGAGUUGCUGGAAAUGGGCCUCUAUACACCUAUGGAGAUAUUGCACCAAAAACCAGACAUUUGCAGCUAGAAUAGUCAUUUACCACAUUAGCAAUGUAUAGAGUGGAUUUCUGAUUAGUUUAAAGUGAUCUUCAUUGAAAAGAACAGUGCUUUUCUUUCAAAAACAAGGACAUUUCAAAGUGACCCCAAAUUUUUGAACGGUAGUGUAUCCCUCAUCAAAAAAAUUCCAAACCAAGCGUUAAGAUUGAAUCUCGGCAUAAACUCACUGGAGGCAGCCAUGUUUGUUGUUUACGUUGGAGCGACCUGCGCAUAUACCAUGAUAUCGCUUGCCUCACUAGGCAUGAUCAUGAUACGUAGAUCUACACACACACAAAUCCUCGCAGAGACACAGCUAUGACUCGAGUCGGCUGUAUAGAUUGAAAUUAUGACAUCACUUCAUGGUAUAUCCAAGCUGUACCAUGACUGACUCGCGCCAUAUCCUUUUUUUUUUUUUUUUUUUUGAUGUCACGAGAUGCAUUGCGUAAUCAGUGGCGGAACUAUUUUAUGUCACGUGAACCAUCCUUGACCAAUCCCUGCACGGGAAUUUUUUUGAUGAGUGAUAUAAUGGUAGAUUUUAGCACUCUUGGCUAAGCAGCCAUCACUAAUCAUGCCUUUUUUUUUU